GAGUGACAGGGCCAGGGAGAAACGAACAAGCGUGUAGUAGUAAGGAGCAUGAUUCUCUCCCUUCCUCCUCGGCCGAACGCCAAGCGCACUACUCUGCUCUGUGCGUUUUGCUACUAAGUCCCUCGCUGGCUGUGUCGAGGCAAUACAGGUUACUACUAGAACUGAAACUGCACGUUGCUCAACUUUUUUUUCGCUUUUUUUUUACUUUUGUGGAGCACCUUUUUAAAAAAUUCCUUCAUCUGUCAGUGUGUUUUGGAGAUUCUGCUUUGUUGGCCGUGCUGCUUUCUGGAUUUCUUUUUCUGCCUGUUCUUCACACAAGGCUUGGUGGCUCCGUCCUGUGUGUUUUCUCUCGCCUGAUGUUGUUAUCCCUAAGACGACGAAGUGGCACUAUGAGUAACGGUUGAAAGCAGGCAUGGGGCCGUGUGCGCUGUCUGCUGCCGCAGUUCUCAAGUAUUUCGUCCUUUUUCUCGUUGUUCUUUGCGAAGCCAACGACAAUGCCAAGCGUCUCUAUGACGACCUGUUACGAAGAAGUGGCUACAACAAGCUGAUUCGGCCUGUCGGUAACAACACGGACAAACUAGUGGUCAAACUAGGCAUUCGAUUAUCGCAGCUGAUUGAUAUCGAUGAAAAAAAUCAGAUUAUGACAACGAACGUCUGGCUGCGACAGGAAUGGAAUGACCUAGGCCUGCGGUGGAAUCCUAAAGAGUACCACGGCAUCCAGGAGUUCCUAGUCCCGUCCGAGGAAGUUUGGAGACCUGACGUGGUUCUCUUCAACAACGCGGAUGGUAACUAUGAGGUUACACUGAUGACCAAGGCAACAUUGCACGCCAAUGGCAACGUCGUGUGGGAACCUCCGGCCAUCUACAAAAGCUCGUGCACGAUCGACGUGGAGUUCUUUCCCUUUGAUGAGCAAAGAUGCAAAAUGAAGUUUGGUUCCUGGACUUAUGAUGGAGACCAAGUGGAUCUGGUGCAUAUCUGCGCUAAGACGAACGAGGCGAAUAUCACCAUCAAGAACGGCAUCGACCUUCGGGGCUUCUACCCGAGCGUGGAGUGGGACAUCCUCGAAGUGGACGCCGUGAAAAACAUCCGGGAGUACCCGUGCUGCAGUGAGCGCUACCCAGACAUAACGUUCAGCGUGACAAUGCGCCGCAAGACGCUGUUCCACACUGUGAACCUCAUCAUCCCAUGUGUGGCCAUCUCCUUCCUCACCGUCCUCGUCUUCUACCUUCCCUCAGACUCGGGCGAGAAGAUCACGCUGUGUAUCUCCAUCUUGCUGUCCCUCACUGUGUUCUUUUUGCUGCUGGCUGAGAUCAUCCCUCCCACGUCAAUUGUGGUGCCACUCAUAGGCAAAUACCUCCUUUUCACCAUGAUACUCGUCACCCUAUCCAUCAUCGUCACUGUCAUCGUGUUGAACGUCCAUUUCCGAUCACCUGCCACACACAGUAUGUCGCCGUGGGUGCGCCGUGUUUUCCUCAGCAUCCUGCCACGUCUGCUGGUCAUGCGCAGACCGCACCCGGAUCAGGAAGAGCAGAUCGCCGCGGCCUCGGCCCCACCCAAGAAGGUUGUGAUACGGACUUGUAACGGUCUAGAAAUGAGGACCCCUCCCAGGGAUGACUUCGGGGCCAGGCUGCCGGCCGGCUAUGGCUACGAAGACAAAAUGACGACGCGUUAUCGCGGCCCGCACGCGAUGGAGGGACUAUUGCCUCUGGACAAUGCAGGCGAAAUGUCGGCCUGCAGCCUACGGAGGUCUAGGCCUUAUUCUAAGGAAAUCAUGGAGGCUAUAGAGUCAGUGACGUUUAUAGCAGAACAUUUAAAAAAUGAAGAUCGAGAUUCCUCAAUCAUGGAGGACUGGAAGUACGUGGCCAUGGUGCUGGACCGCCUGUUCCUGUGGAUCUUCACCACAGCCUGCUUCGUGGGCACGUUCGGCAUCAUCCUGCAAGCCCCGACCCUCUACGACGACCGGGAGCCGCUCACACCCGUGGACCCCACGGACAGUUGCUACUCGGCCUACUCCUCUAGAUAACAAAAGUCUUGGCCGUUGUUUAGCCACAUGCUGUGAAUAAUGGACGCCUGUAAAGGUGGUUUUCAAAAAAAGACAACAAUUGUGCUGUGUGUGAAUAAUCUGGGUAACUGUGAUAAAGAUCGAAUAUCUCAUGUCUAGUAUAUAAUGUGGAUGGGUGUGGUAUGUUUGUUAUCAUAAUUUGUAAGGCUUGGCAUGGACUGAUGAACGUUUGUUAUUGGGAUUUUGUGUUUGUGGUGGGGGGGGGGGGGGUAUUUCGUUCUUUAUAGAUAAUGUUGUGAAUAACGCUUGUUUUUUAUGACUCCUGUAAACGAUAUUGCAGAUGAUAAAUAAUGAUUUUGACAAGUCUUUUUUUAAGGUUACACUGUGCUUUUGCUGGGUAAUAAACGUUUGUUAGGAUUUUCAAAGUGUAAUAUGUGCUGUUGAUGAAGAACAUAACAUCAUAAUUAUUACGAUUGUACAUAUAUGCGUACAAGAAAGGGAACUGUUUAAUCAGUAGUCCCAUUUAAUGAGUAAUGAAAAAGAAUAUGUGUUGUAAUUUUUAAUUAGUAGUGCUGUAGAUGGGAGUGGACAGUGAAAAAAGUUUUAUGGAUGAUAAAUGAAUAAUUGAAUGACGUGUUAAUGUCUGCUCCUUCGGAAUGGUGACUUUGUUGAAUAUGUAAAUGAUGGGUACAGAAAAAGGAGGUUAUUUUGUGUGAAUGUUUCCAUUUAAGGAGGGGUGGUGUUUUUAAUAAGAUGUUUUAUACAGCGCUGACAUGUAAAGUUGUAUGUUUGUGAAGAUUCUGAGUUCAUUAUUUGAGUAUUCGCUGGUUCAUUAUAAAUGAUUGUGAUACACAGAGUCUAAUCGUCACCUCCCAUGGAACUGCGGGGGUGUGUGUGGGAGUGUAUUGUAAAUGUAUGUGUACAUUAAAUUAGACUCAUUAUGGGGCAGUGCUCUACAUGGAAUGUUACAUACGUAUGCGUGACGCAUAUUGGUUUGAUGUUGUGUCGUGUUUAUUUGAAGUGCUGAUGACAAGUAUAUGGACGAGUCAAAUACCAUACUGCUUGUUUGUUUGGAGUGCUUUUAUCUAUAUUGAGCAAUGGAUAAUGAGUACACUGUGUAAGGAUUAAUGAAGACCGUUCGUAUUACAAUAUGUCGUGCGGGGAAAACAAUGAAAUAAUACUUCUGUAUGCGUUUUAUAGUGCGAGCCGUAUGUGUUUGGGUGUAUGUAUGUGUGAGAGUGAGUGUGAAUGCGGUUGCUGUUGAUGUCGUUAUUAUUAUUAUUGUUGUUUCUGUUACUGUCGUGAUUGGUUACAUUUGCUUACCAGAAAGGUAUUUAUGGUGUUCUUCUUUGUAGGGUAAAAUGUAAGUAGUCCAAGAGCGUGGAUUUCUAGAAUAUAGUUCUAUUAAACGGGACGGAAACACGCUGUGUAGAAAUACUGACGACACGAGAGACGGUAGGCAGAGAGGUAGACAGGCAGAUACGAGGUAAAGGCAGACCGACAAACAUGUAUAAACUCAUAUGUAGACUGACAGAAGAAGAAAGAGACAGGUAGGCGGAAAGGCAGUGAGAGAGAGAGAGGGAGAGAGAGAGAGAGAGAGAGAGAGAGAGAGAGAGAGAGAGACCGAUGAAAAUGGAAGACAGAAAGAUGGAAUGAAGCGUAAGAGCUGUAGCUUUGAUGCACGUUUCGAAACGUAAGAGCUGGACAUGCGAUAUGCCAUGGAAAUGCACUCACGCACUUCUACAGUACAUCUUUCGAGUGCACACAACUGGUUUUCUUUUUUCAAUACGUUCAAGACGGUGGCGUCUGCCAGCUCAUCUGUUGAUACAUUUGUCUCUUGUGUAUGCCUUUUGUUUUUGUAAUGACAAGCACACAGUAUGGAGUGCAUCUGCAAAAUAGACAUAAAUAUUUCAAAGGGCAGGGUGUUAGGGCUUUAUGGGGGCUAGACUUCGAAACAUGUUGACAUAACGAUUGUUUUCCAAUGUAUUCUCAGGGCGUGAAAUAGAAAAAUACGGAAGCGUUGAACGGAAGGGUAACACUAACAACAGUAGUAUUGUUUACUGUGUUUCAUGUCAUGAUUUUAUGUAUUAGUCAUUCCAAAUCAUGUGCGAUCUCAUAAAAAUUGUCAGUUAAGAAAACAAGAGACACAAUGGACUCUCCUGAGCAAAUGUUUGAAGGAAAAUAAAGAAGAGAAGGGAGUAGUGAGAAACACAAGGGAAAACGGGUAACUUCUGAAGAUAAGACGCAUUAAUGAUUGCUUUCAAGGUUGUUGUUGAACUUCCUUGUUUAUGCAGGGGUGGGGGUGGCGUGCGGGAGAUUUGCUUUUCGGCUCCUGGGCGUUAAAUAUCCGUCUGAAAUGUCCCAGAACCACGUUCAGAACGGAUAGCUCGCGCGUUGCUACCUCCAUCCCCAAUUGAAGGAAAGGGCAAUUAUUGUAUCCUCAGUUUGCCGUAUGCUGUCGGUAAUCUUCUGAAAAUCACACGAUGGACUGAUGCGCUGCUUCGAAGUGAAUUGGCCGGGUAAGGGUUAUUUCGAUGGCAUGUGAGCCUUAAGCUGGCAAAAUGGAAAGAUUAAAAAUUUUGACUACAAAUUGAAGUUAUCUAAAGUGACACAGGCCUAUUUGUUCCAAAUUACUUUUUUGGGUCCCCCAAGUACUCUUUCGCAGCUGGGUGUGUGUUUUAAGGAAAAAUGUUAAAGUACCCAGCAAUGUCUUUAAAAAAAACUAAGUGAGCCUGUCGUGAGCCUAGCUUCAAGUCUCCAACCAACAAAUAUUCUAUCAGAGAAUGUUUAAAAAGUAUUAAACAUAGGUGAGUAGUAUUUUCUACAUUCCAACUGGGGUUGUCAA